AUGAGAGAUUGUCUCUUGUCGCGGCGUCGCGACUACGUCAAAUACGUUCUCUGCACGCUGUCGCCGGAGUCGUGCUGCGCCACAGUGGACUGGGAACGCUGGCGCACGGACCGAAUGGUAGAACAGUUUGCGCGCAACGUGCGAGCGGAGAUUGAAGACUUCUCCGCCCAGAAGAACAGUAACGGCCUGCAGCAAAGUCUUCAAGCGUGCCAACACCGCAUGAGCGUACGAUCGCUUCUGCUCGACUACCUGGCUACGACGUGCCUCAUCUAUGCCGAGAUGAAAGCUGCUUAUGUCAAGCGCCUUGGGUCCGAGCAGUUCGGGCGGUCACUCGAGUUUGCUGCCAGGCAGCCGCUUAUAACGAGCCUGCGGCAGCUGUCGAGCGCAGCCUCCAAGAUGGUGACCGUGGGCGGCUGGUUGCAGUCGUCGGAAGAUAGUGAGAGUCCACGCGAUGCAACGGCACUGGAUCUCAGUAUGACGUACGAAGAAUGCUUGCAGUUCGAAGAGGAGAGCAAAAUCCUCAUGGACCGUCUGAACGGCCAGCGAGAAAUCGUGCGCGACAUAGAGUCGCAGGUGAUUGACAUCGCCUGUCUGCAGAGAGUUCUCACGGAUCACAUUCUGGAGCAAGAGGAUGACGUUGAAAGGGUUGCCUUGGCAACCGAACACGCUAGUGCAAACGUUACAGCUGCUAGGAGGGAACUGAAAGAGCAUGUCGUGCAGCGACCUUCUUUUGCUCGUUGUGCUGCGGUACUCAUAGUGUGGCUUUCGCUGCUGCUACUUUUCCUUCACUGGUUGACUCCGUAA